AUGAUGCUCGACCAGCUCCAAACAAUCCAAACAGAAGAGCGAGUCCGCUCCAUCAAACGAAGAGAAAGCCUCUUACACGAAGCCGGCACUCUAAACCUCCCGCCCUCCCCAGUCGACGACGACGCCUCCACACCAGGUACCCAAAGCCUCUCCCACGACAUCAACUUCCCUCCCACCCCAACCGACGACGACACGCCGACGCCGGUAGACCCUCCCACCAGCACCGCCGACGACGAAGCUCACACCACUUCCGCCACCCUCAACCCCUACGCAGCCUGCACCCCGGCCGAGCUCAUCCUCGGCAAGGCCAAAGUCAGCAACGCGAUCCUGGAGUUCAACGACAUCCUCGAAGGCCUCGGCGGAAUCGUCCUCCGCCAACAGCAGCUCGUGACCAACUCCCCCCUGAACGCCGAACUUCUCUCCCUCCAGGAGAGACUCUCCCGGGUCCAGUCCAUCGCCGUCACGGAACACGGCCUGAUGGCGGAGGAAUCCCAGGCGCGAGCCCAGGCGGCGGACAUCCAGCUACAAAAACGGGAGCAAGGGGUCAUCAUUAAAACGAGCGUGGGACCUGACGCGUUCGGCCCACAGAUCCGAAUGCGGGAAUGA